UCCAGCUUCUGGUCUUCAUUCAAGAUACUUUCGCCAUUGGCCCAUUGCUGAAUCCCGGAAGCUCUCAAACCCCAACACAUCCAGUUCAACACGGAGAAUCUCAAGCUACUGCUCCAAAAGGAUGCCUCCGUCCGAUCAGUCUUCUGGCGCAGGUUCCGGCAACUUCGACGUGGCGAAGAUAAACGAUAUCGUUCUACCCGACGUUAUCAAGAAGCUCCAACAAGUCAAGGACAUCCUCUCCCAAAACGGACCUGAGAACAACGUCAGCAACAGUGGCAACAACGGCAGCAGCCAUUCUAGCCAGGACGAACAUCAGAAGAUGGGUAACGAAGCGGAGAAGUUAAGGAAAGAUCUGAUUUACAUACGAGAAUCCUUCAAAAAUCUCAAAGGCUUCGAGGACAGAGCCAGUGACCUCUUCAAUGCUCUUAAAGAACGCAGCUCCUUCAACGAUUUGCUAACUAGUGGUCUCAAUGCUUCUUCGCGAGACAAGCAGCUCCGAGCCAAGCUUGGUGCGAUCAACAAGAUUGUGAUGGAGUUGAAGCUCCGGAUCCCGUUACCCUAUAAGUUGUCCUCCAAAGAAUCCGACGCCCACCGGUUCCCACGGGAUGGCACCGAGUUUGAUGACUUCGAGGUGGUUGAUGAAUUGCCUCUCUUACAUGUUGACAAUGAAUUUGGGCGUAGCUUGGCCUUCCGAGAUUUUCGGUUAGUAUAUGAUAAAUUGCUUGACUCCACAACAAAGCUGUGCUUGCUGUGUUUUGCUUUAAUUCCUGAAAAUGAGAUUGUGAAGAAGAGGUUUAUGACAUAUUGGUGGGUUGGAGAAGGCUUUGUUAGCCCAAAGCUUGAAAAAGUUGCUGAUGGAACCUUCAAAGAGCGGCUGUCGGUUGAGGAAGUUGCUGAUGGAAUCUUCAAAGACCUGGCGAAGAACUACUGCAUUGAGCCCGUGAAUGAGAAGCACAGGUUUGUCUUGGACAGUUACAAGAUGAAUCCUUUUAUCCGUUCGGCGGUGAUUGUGCUUGCCAAAGAAGCUGGGUUGUUUGAUUUCGAUGGCAAAACAUGGAAUCCCAGUGCCAAUUUUAUGACGUCUUACCGGGCGUGUUUAGUCAAUGGAUUUUCUCAGGAGUUGGCGAAAAUUGGCCCCGGAUCGGAUGCAAAAGAAACCGACCAGUACCCUGGAUUGGAUCUAGAGAAACUGCAAACAAUAUUCAAUGUCAAUGAGCCUUAUCCUGAUUUUUUCAAAUUGGAGUGGUUCUCAAAGUUGAAGAAUGUAAAGGUUCUAUAUCUGGGAAGGUGGCAGACCUCAGCUAAGCAUCAUAUUGAAGUAGAGAGCGUUGAAUUCUUAAAAGGGUUGAAAAAUAUGAAACUUUUAAGGUUUUUCAGCCUUCAAGGAAUUUCCAGAAUUACCAAGCUUCCUGAUUCCGUCUGUAAGCUCUUAAAUUUGAGGAUCUUAGAUCUUAGAGCGUGUCACACUCUCGAGGAGCUUCCAGAUGGAAUAGGUUACCUCGAGAAUCUGACGCACUUGGAUAUAUCCGAGUGUUACUUGCUAGAGUACAUUCCCAAAAAGAUUAAGUUUCUCUCAAAACUCCGAGUCCUUAAAGGGUUUGUAAUUGGUGACCGUCGAAAUGAAAAAGCGUGUACUCUUACUGAUUUGUCAGGAUUGAAGGAGCUGAGGAAAUUGAGCAUCUACACAAACACGAAGGAUUUCCCCAAUGAAGAUGACGCAAACAAUCUUCGAACGUUUGAAAAUCUUGAAAAACUUACAAUUGAGUGGGGAGCUUUUCCCAGCAAUACAGGCAGCGAGAAAAAACAAGACAAGGGUGUGGCACAAUCAAUUGCAGAAGCCACCAAGAGUCCAAAGAAGAGUGAAGAUAAAAAAAAGCAAGGCGAGAGUGUGGGACAACCAAUUUCAGCAACUACCACGAGUCCUAAGAACGGUGGAAAUAACCAAAAGCAAGACAAGGGUGCGGCACAACCAUUGACUGCAACCACAACUCCAAAGAACCGUGGGGGUAACAAAAAUCAAGACCAGGGUGUAGCGGAACCAAUGGCAGGAAGCACCAUGAAUCCAGAGAACAGUGGAGAUAACAAAAAGAAGGACAAGAGAGCAGCAGGAUUGGGUAAGACUUUGUUAAGAACACUCGCCUUUAAAAAACCAGGGCAGGGUCCCACAGAUCCGAAAGGUUUUAAGAAACUAAAGAAACUGGAUCUCAAGUGUUACCCUUCGAUGGAAUCACCGAGUUGGUUGCUGCCUGCAAAACUUCCGAUGCUAGAGAAACUCUACAUCAGAGGAGGGAACCUCAAAAAUCUAAGUCCAGGUCAGGAGAAUGACGAGUACUGGAAAGUUAACAUACUACGUCUGAGGUUCUUGAGCAACUUAAAGAUGGAUUGGAAAGAACUCCUGUCAUCAUUUCCACACUUGAUUUACUUGGAGAAAUUCAAAUGCCCUAAACUCACUUUCUUUCCAUGUAAUGAGAAUGGAAUCGGGCUGAAGCCAAGAACUGAAGCUGGAAAGGAAGCUGCUAAGAGGUAUAACAUUUUGCAUUAACUCGAUAAGUCCUACCAGGAUGACUCAGACUAUCAGAAGUAUGUUAUGUUUCUGGCCCAAUUUUUAGAUUUAAUUCUGUUUCAUGUGUCUACUUUUUGGAUUUGACGAAGUUGCAAUAGCUUCUUGUAUAUCUCCAUCCCUCCUUAUUUGGAUUUAAUUC